AUGUUCCCCCGACAGGAGGUACACAGCCAGAAUUAUUUCCAUCAAAUGUUUCCUUAUUUUUGAUGUAGCUGCUCUGGGAGAAAACAGUUUCCUUCAAAACUUUAAGAAAUUUGAGCUUAAAAGACAAAUAGAGGCCGGAAAUGUACAAACAGGAUCCUGUGGAGACGUACUUCAGGAGAGAUGUCAGAGUGAAGGGGGUCCACGUGGACGGGAUCGGAGUUUGGUAGUUCUUGGAGGUUGAUGGUCAUGGUGCGUUCCAGUUGUACUCAGACGUCAGGAUUUUCAGACGAUCCCUCCAACCCCCAAGUUGACAUUUAAAGAUGGUAGAAGUUCCUGUAAUGAAAAAAAAAUAGGCUACCUUCUGCGCCUUUGUGUUUCCUCUUCAUCCGCCGUGUUUGCAGGUUACAGAGGGACCACAUAUUUGUCCAAAAGUCGUUUAUAUUCCGACAAGGCAAAUGUGAGAAUAACUUUCGUAGGUGUAGCCAUCUUGUCUCCACUUCCAUUUUUGGAGGUUGGUGACUUUUUUCCGACUUUGUGACUCUGAAAGGCUGAUAACUCGGGUGUGACGUCAUUUCUAGCUCUGACUUCCAAGGUUAAUGGAGAAGGUACCGGUCCAACCUUCAUGCUUUGGGUCCAAACUGGGACUUGAACCAGACAUCCUCAAGUUACUGAAGUCCCUGCAGGCUGAGCUGCUGCAACAUGGACUUUUUGAUGAAGUUAUUCCAGCAAAACAUUUUCAGUGUUAAUUUGAUAUAUUCCUGGUUAAUGCGGCACUUUUCAGGAGUUCCAGUUUGGCUGUUUUCUCUGUUUUUGUGAAUCUGUCGUUACCUUCUUGAUUUCUUUUCAGUCUCAGCUCUGAUUCCCUGAAACAGUCAGAGUUCGAGAUGCGGUAACAUACUGACAUCUACCAGGAUUGCCACCACGUCCGCUAACAGCAGCAAUUUUUUGCCGUCUGUCAAUUCCUAUCGGAUAUGUUUGUGAGACGAAUUUCGUGGUGGAUUACGGACAGCAGAUUCACGUGCAAUCGCGCGAUAACCAGUUGUCUCUAGCCAGAGAGGCUAACCACAUAAGCAGUAGAUUAAGGAAAUCUACUUCUAGACUUCUAGAAUCAGCAUCUCCUCAUCCAUGGUGUCAUCGAGGUGAAGGUGUUCGUCGCCUUCUGUUUGCAUGGUGUGAAAUACGAUCCUCCUGAAACACGGAGUGUUUUAUUUUGAAAAGAAGACGGAUGUUUUAUUUUGUGUCUGUGCCCGACUUCCUUUACAGCACGGGUUAAUCUGUGCCGAAUCCGCAGGUUUCCGCAGCUGAACGGAAAGAAGCAGGUGGAAAUUGGGGGUCAAACUGCUGUUCUUUACCUGUGCGCUUCAUUACCAGGUGAUAACUCAACAUCAUACUUAUAUUUCAUUUCAGUCUGACACACCAUCUUAGCCAUCUUAGAGUCUUUAGAUCGAGAUGUGACAUCCAAGAGCGCCAUGGUGGUUUUUAUUUUCCAUCAUGGCGACAGAUGUUGCAACACUUUUUGCAUUUAUUUUGUACAAUUAUCUUUGUCAUUAACCCUCUAAGUAAAGUUAGGCAACAUCAAUCCUGAAGAAAAGUCUGGAGCCGAUUGAAAAACCAAAAUAAAAACAUAUCAAAUGAGAAAAUUGUAAUUUAAAGUCUAUCAAGGUCGAACAAUGAUGUGUAUUCGCAGUCUUAUUUCAUCCUGAGAGAAUCUCAGAAAAGCGUCUCCUCCGAACAGGACUAAAAUUCCUUUAAUCCCUCUCUUUACAAACAAAAUGACACGAAUGCUACGACAAAAAUCACCUCAUUUCUCCGAGAAAGUCUGAGGUCACAACAAAUGGAUGGAGCUGUUGUGUUACUCUGAUGGCUGACACUCACUCACACAGGGCUCACCCAGCCUUUGUGUUGAGGAUAAUGGGAGAUGUGCCGGCUCGGUGAUUGCUGAGGACCUGCGAGUCGGACAUAAAAGAGCCCUGGGAGAGAUGGCUUAGUAUAUACUGGAGUGGCCCUGAUUGAAAAGUGUUUUUCUGCGGCUGAAGGCGUCAUUCGCCACGUAGCGGAGAGAACAAUGCAUCCAUCAAUGCUGACAGCUGACAAGGCAUUCGCAAAAUUACACUACAGGUAAGGUUACUGCAGUCUAGACGAGUAAGAUCUAAUCAGGAGUAAAGACAAAAACACGCCCGCCGCUCUGCUUUGGUUUCACGUGAAGUGAAAAUGUCCUGACCACAGAUUUCCUCAAGUUUAAAAAGAUUAUAAACCACACCUGCCAAAUGCAUCCCGAUAAAAGAUCACGUCAUCAUGUCCUGAUGAAACAGCCCGGGUUCGAGUCUGGAAAUUCACUCAGAGGAUGUUUUUCAGAGCUUCAACUUUAUAUUAAGGUUUAAUUAAAGAUCAUUUUGACAGCGCAGACCGCGGAGGGAACAGAGCUGAGAAAAUCGACACUGUGUGAAAGCUACCGCGCUGAAUAAGCAAACUUUCCGUCCUGUUAGCGCCGAUGAUUGGAGAGGCGUCAGCGGGCCGACUAGUUCAGUCUGUUUGUGGGGCGGAAGUUUUUAUUGGUGUUGUAAUAUCAGACUGCUGUGUUUGAUGUCGGGAAGUGAGACGAUCAACACAGAGCGCCAAGACAUGACAUCUGGGCUCGGUCCAAAUUUAAGGGUCUCAUCCUUUAAAGGACUCGGUCUACAUAGACUUACUGAACUGAAGCGCAUGAAUGAGAGGAGCAAACAAGAUCACCAGGACGUUGACCUCUUCUGAGGAACUUUGGGAUUACUUUGUUGAAAUUGUGUUUCCAUGGCAACAGCCGUGCAGGCUAGUCAGGCUGAACCAUGUCCAAAAAAGAAAAGCUCUUCUUAUUCCUCACCAGGGAAUCAGGGUCACAAAAUUCCGGGAAUUUUCAAAGUUGGAAACUUUCCAUGGUUAUUAACAGGAAUCUGAAAUUUACAAAAUUGGGGAAAAUAUAUUGUAGAAUAAUCUUGGCGAAAACAACCAGAUUUAAUGGAAGUGCACUCCUCAAUCACAAGGACAGAUGAUUUCUUGAACCCUGGAGGCCAAAACAUUUGAGCCCAAAACAAGAGAUUUGAGCGUAUGGACUACAUAAAGUCAAAUAAGUUUGGAUAAUAUUAUGGGGUAAAUCUAUUUGAUCUAUAAUAGUCUUAAUAUUUAACGUGUGAGAAUUAAAUAAAAAUAGGUGCUAAAUGUAAGCUAUUGACUAUUUAAGGGGCGAGCUUAUUAUGGUGGUGGUUGCGACCUCAAAUGUGAUUCUCUGUCUUCUGACUCCUGCAAUACGGUUUUCUGAAACUAAACAAUAAUUUAUAGACAUCAAUUGUCAAAUAUUUCGAAGACCAUUCCAGUUGUUUAGCCAACUAUAUUUCUGUUAAUGUCAUUGCAAAAGUGUUUUAUAACCUUUUUUGAUAUUUUAUCCUACUGAAAAAUAUCACUUUCACCAUCUGAUGUGUGGAAGCAUUUCACACAAGCUAAUGUUGAAGGAAAAUAAUUUACAUUUAUGUUUGGAUAUGAUAGAGUUUGUUUACAUUACCCAAAUCUCGAGUUAACGCCCAUAAAUUCCCAUAAUUCCCAUGAAAAGUUUCCAAUUUGGAAUAUUUCCAAAAUUGCCAAGCUGAACUUCCUCAUGGAAAGUUUCUGGAAAUUUACCAGAAAUUUACCGCCCCUUUGCAACCCCACCCACAAACAACAAACCCCGCCCAUCUGUCUCUUACAUGCAAACCAAGAGUGCCACAGCGUCACAUCGCACCUGCACACCUCAAGACGGACAAUCUUUUUUGAGCACAUUACAGUCACGUCAUUACUUAAGUUUUUGACAGCCAAGCAUCCUUGGUCUGUUUCUGUCCUCCUCCACAGGACACUGUGUUCCUACUGUACUCUGGUCCUCCUCCUAUCAGGUGCCACCAGGAAGGACUCGCCUUCGAGGCUCUUCGUGUGCACGUCAGCUGGCCUGGCAUGCACACUUCAGCCUUUUCAUCCGUGUUUGCAUUGUGGGGUAAGCUCAGUCUCUUUUUUAAAAACACAAAGCAGAGAUGUUUCUGCCUUUCAAGAGGCCGCUCUUGUGUAAAUAAAUCCUAAAAUGAGAGUUUGGGAUCUACUGUAACUGCUCUGAAAUCCUAAAACACAAAUCACGCCUAAAAGAAAAUCCCAGGGAGGAAAAAAAAUCAGAGAGGAGACGUGAUGCAACAGAGACUGUGAUCCCACUUCAAACUCACGACACAUCCAGGGGCCGUAUUAGCAAACUUUGCCCACUCAUCCCCUCCUCUUUGCCUUCAAUCGCUCUGCCGUUCGCGUAGCCCCGAAACGCAUUAGAUGCCUUAUCAUGUCGCAUGCCUGGAAGCGGAGCUGUCAUAAACCACAUCUAUGACCUGAAUCCAAAGCAAACACAGCCUCCGCCGCUCCAUCGCUACGCCUGCCGUGCACCCAUUUCUCCCCAGAUGUCUCUUAUUCCACACAAGCCUGAGAAAACACGACACUGAAAACAGAGGAGGAAAAGCUGGAGAGGUAUGCGAGCAGGAAGAGUGUGAGCUCUAAUUUCUCAUGUGUGCCGCUGCCAAACCAAAUGCCUUUGUUGUUGGGAAGUGCUCCCUUGUUUAGCUCUCAGCGUUUCCAACUGAGAUUUCAUUUAUUAUCAUCAGAUAUACGAUGUAAUGAACACUUUGGGUAAAAAUAAACACAGAGUAGGGUGGGUGCCAAGAACUCCACGCCACAGCGGCAUGCGAUCCUCAGUGGGAUGAUGAUACACACUUAUAUUUAUGCCCGUCAGAGAGUACACAGAGUGACUACAACAAAGCUAAUGUGACUGAUGAAGCCAUACUUGAUGCAUUAGUUAUUAAAGACUUCACAGCAGGUACACCAGGCAUCACAUUCAAUAUUAACCAGCUGAAAUCACACCAAGGCUUUAUUAUUUUUAGUCUAAUUUUAGAGGCUUUAUAAAAGGAGAAACAGAGACGAAUUUCAAUUUUACUGUAAUUUUUUUAAAAUGACGCAACCUUAAUUAUGAGAUAACAACAUUUUCAUUAUUAAAUCUGUUUUUAUUAAAGAAUUUUGUCUGGAUGGCAGCAUAUGUUGCUUUAUAUCCUGAUCAUAUAGUAAUGAUGGAGUCUUCAAAGAGGUGUAAGCUACCUGUGCCGUGGAUCCACGAUUUCCCCCCAAAAAUGUCAAUAAUCAGGGUUUGACAGUGCAACCACUUCACUCGCAUCUGCAACUAAAAAUAGAUGUGUGUGAAUUGUAAAAUAUAUUUAGGGUCACAUGUGCGCAUUAAAAAAAAUCAGCCAAGGCAAAAAAUGUUUUUUCAUGUAAAUACGGCGGUGAAGUUAGUUUUAGGUUGGAUAUUUGACGGACGUUCACUGAAGAUCUACCGGUGUCUUCUCACCCUCCAUAACCAGGAAUAACAACAGCAGCGCGGUUAGUAUCAAGCCCUGAAUAAUUCAUUCUGCAGACAAAAGGACGAUUUUUCACAUAUCACAGACUCACCCAGAAUCACCAUAAAACACUACCUGUGACUGCAUCCUUGAAUACAGGUGAAAACUGUACCAUGCAAAACCAAAACCACAUGAUCUUGACUUCUCUGGGCCUGACCCUGUUUAAGCCGGACUGAGGUGAAGCUGAAAACAAACAGAUAUCGGCAUUCUUCUCCAGAUUUUAUAUUAUUCUAUAACCGUAGAUGAUUACUCGUCCAACAUAUUUGCAAUCUUCAAAAUCAACACCAACAAAAAAAUCCUGUCUUGGUUAGAAAACAUUUGUUUUGUAGCCUGUAAGACAAUCUUCAAGACUGGAUGACUGCUCUGGUAAUGAACACACACCUUAAAUCUGUUGUAAAGUAGUUUACUUAAACACCUUACUGUUGAUCUUUUGGUAGAAACCACUCUAAAGCCCAAAGCUGCACUUUUUCUAUCUGUUAGCGUUUUUCAGGUGGUCUUUUGAGACCUCCAGACUUCACACUCUGACACCAAAAUAAAGUUCAGUGACAGUUGUUUAAUAUCCCUUAUAUAUUCAUUACUAAUAUCUUAAUUCACUACACCUCAGUUGUCUUUGUGGUGGACGAUCACUGUGUCUCAAACACGCUUUAAGUUCCACUGUUAUCAGUAAACAGCUCAGACGCAGUUAAAGGAAGUUGUACUUUCUUGAUGUAUAGAAACUCUAUGAAAUCAUAUCAGGAAAGAAUACUAUCCUCCCUGAGACUUUUAGAUUUGGUGACUUUGAACUGUCCUCCGCAGUCUGCCCCAAGUGAGCGUUACCCCGAGAAAUCAGGGAUCAGCGCCUCGGAGCAGAAAGAGGGCUCAGUGUGUUAACAGGUCAUGCCGGUACACAGUGUGACAGUCAGAGCCUGUUGUGCUUCAUUCCCCUUUCUGCUCACUCAAGCGUUUGUCUUUGCUCUUGUGCUGACCUGCUGAUCCAAAACCUGCAGCUCACUCUCCCUUUCCUUCACUCUCUCCCACUCACCAUAAAAUAUGCUCCGUUUAAAUUCCUGUAGGUUCAGACGUAGGAUUACAGGUUUAUGGAGAGAUCCUGAGACAGGAAAGAGGAUACAGGUAACAGCGAAAAAAACGAGCUUCAGAGGAGUCUAUAGAAAAGUAAAUAAGCAGGACCUUUAUAGUCUGUCAGCCACUGCACGCAGCAAUAAUACUGUACAUUCACCUUAUUCAUGCACUCAUUAACACAGUGACUGCAACUGGGUCCAUUAACUCAUUCAUUCACUGCCACUCACACAUGGACGGAAAUGCCUUUGGGAGCGAUCUGGAGUCCAGUAUCUCGCACUAGGAUUCACAUGAGGACUGCAGCAGCCAAGAGUCAAAGUGCUCUACGGAUUUAAUAACAGACAGAAAAUGAAAGAGCGAGCUAGCCCCCGAGAAAGAACUGAACAGCAGCUCAGCUCACAGCCUGACGAAAGUGCUGGAUUUUGGUAUUUUAAAGGUUCAGGUGGGUUUGUAAUUUUUUUAUAAAGAGAUAUCUUUAAAUAUUUCGGCACCUGAAGUAUGAGUGAUUAGCAGCAGCUCAGCUCACAGCCCCCUCUGUACAUGCUCAUGAAAACAUAGAAAAAGUACUGGUGUUGGAUUUAAACUAUUUUUAAGAAGUCAUUUAUGGAUAUGGGUUUGUUAAUUUUUUAGGACGAGAUUUGUUUGGAUAUUUUGGCACCUAAAGUAUGAGUAAUUAGCAGCAGCUCAGCUCACAGCCCCCUGUGUGUAUACUAAUGGAAAGUAUAGAAAAGUACUGGUUUUUGAAAUAACUGUUUUUAAGAAGUCAUUUACAGGUUUGGGUUUUUUUUUAUUUUUUCGGAGGAGAUCUCUAGAUAUUUCAGCUACUGGUGAAUAAGUGAUUAGCAGCAGCAGCUCAGCUCACAGCCCCUCAGUGUAUACUCAUCUCAAAACAAAGAAAAGUACAAUAUUUGAGUGUUUUACAGGUUCUGGUUUGUUCAUAUUGUUACGAAAAGUUCUCUUUGGAUAUUUUGGAUCUUGACAGAUAAGUGAUAAGCAACAGCAGCUCAGCUCACAGCCCCUCAAUUUAUGCUCAUUGGAAAAAACAGUGAAAAGUACAGGAUUUGAGUAUUUUACAGGUUCGAAUUUGUUCCUUUUUUUCAUGAAGAGAUCUCUGGAUAUUUCAGCAGCUGAAGGAUGAAUAAUUAGCUCAGCAGCAGCUCAGCUCACAGCCCCUCGGUGUAUGCUCAUGGAAAACAUAGAAAAGUACUGGUUUUUGAAUAUUAACUGUUUUGAAGAAGUCAUUUACAGGUUCGGGUUUGCUCAUUUUUUAGGAGGAGAUCUCUAUGGAUGAGUGAUUAGCAGCAGCUCAGCUCACAGCCCCUCCAUGUAUGCUCAUGAAAAACAUUGAAAAGUACUGGUUUUUAAAUAUUAACAGUUUUUUAGAAGUCAAGAGGAGAUCUCUCUGGAUGAGUGAUUAGCAGCAGCUCAGCUCACAGCCCCUCCUGGACAUUGAAGAACAGUGAAUUUCUGCUUACUCUGCGUAAAUAGUAAAGGAUCAACACCUUUCUCGCUGUUGCUCCUGCAGAGUUCACGACUCUUAAAAACAAAAGUGCAGAGAUGUGAAGGAAAAAAUGCAGGUCGGCUCAGGAUUUUUACCACUGAUGAGUUAUUGCUCUGAGGAGACAGCUCCAGACAAAAUCCUUCUGUGUAUAUCACAUUUUGGCCAACCCCUGAACCUCAGUCAGGAUUUUUCCACUCUCUGUUUCCACUACAGAGGAAUAUAUACGGUAAGCUGCUGAUGUGUCUCUUUACCGGCGCUGCUGCAGACUCUUGGCACAGUUUAAGCCUCCAUUGCACACUGUGUAUAGCUGCGAUUCUUGGCCAGUGCCCUAACCCUGGCUGCUGCAUCCCCCUCCAAUCAUACCACUGAAAUGCCAGGACGCCAAAGGAAAAUAAAAAAAAUACGUACAUUUUUCCCCCCGCACAUGCUGUAAAUUCACCUCCCUACACACCUCUCCAUUCGCCUCUUUCCUCACCGUUCCAUCUCGCCUGCAAUGCAGACAUUUUGAAGCUGGUAGCAUGCAGGCCUGCUGCUCUGGAGCAGAUCCAGUAAGUGAUUAGAAGAGGGACUGAGAGCAUCCCUGUGGCUGACUGAUGUGCAAGCAAAAACCAUCUUCAAGAGCGAGAGAGGAAGAGAGUGAAAAACAGCGAGGAGGAAGGAAAGGGUGCAGGGUCAGGUAUGAAGAAGAGGACAGUGAGGUGGAUGGAGGGAGAUUCCUAACGGGUUACGAUGACUUCAAAAGCUCCUUAUUUUGCAUCCUGUUGUUUUCCAGUUUGGUUUUGGUGAGAGAGAACGACUCCGAGCUCUGCAGAAGCUCAGCUCAUCUGCAUGAGGUGCAAAAUAAAAGCGUGUUGUGGUAAUAAAGGUGCGUGUUUUGCUGAAUAACAAUGAAGUGUGUUUAAAUGGAGUGUCUCUGAUGCUGAGUGUGAAAUAUGGGAAUAUUGUUGACCCUCUCCGGAGUACAUCUGUGCAGUGUUCAUGCAGGAGGGAGGGUUUCUGGCUUGUUUGUAUAUAAUGUAUAUAUCCCUAAAAUCAGCAUAAAUGGAGGAAGUUCUGCCAGAGAGUUCAGGAAGGAAACUCAAGCUGCUCUGUUUUCACAUUUGCUCUCCCUCACUCUCAUUUUUACCUCACAAAUAUGUCCUCCCAGUCAUGCAUCCCGUUUACGCUGCAAGAUUUCUACGAAGAGUGAUGAGGGUAGAGCCUAGACGCCAAACACAAACAUGAUCUGGACCUACAGAGUCUGAAUAUAUCUUUAAGUUUGAUGCAUGAGACCCCAGAAUUGAUUGUGGACACGGGGCUCUCGGCCAUCGCUGCAGGGGUUCUGUUUAAGAUUCAUACAUGUGGGACCUUUAGCGGCACAUUCUUGGCAUUUUGUCGUAACGUUUCAAACCACCACAUGAUGAGGACGAAAGAAGUUUGGCUUUCCACUGCAAAAGAAACGAGCGAUUAUAAUUAUCAUACGAUCGAGAUUUACAUUCAUAAUAAUCAUGAAACUGAUAUUAUCCAGAUGUUUAUGCAGGACCUGGAACAACACAAUCAGUCAAAUUGAGGAAAAGGAAACCAGGGGUGGAGCCAAAGAAGACUUCUUAACUUUUGUUUACUAAGGUUGUCUUGCUAGGCUUUUAUUUUGAAUUAUUUUUAUUUUAUUUUGAAGUGCACUACUUCUGGUAGCGAAAUUAAAAUGAUUAAGAAAAUGUAUAAAUGUUCCAUUGCUUUGUGAACUAAGAUGUGCAAGCACAGACUGUAUAUACUAUGGACAACUUGGCUCCGCCUUCCAUCAUUAUUCAAAUUUGAAGCUGAAUUGCUCUCAGUAUUUCCAGGAUUUUCUCCACUUCCUGGAACCACCACUUGCACAGUAUUGUGUACGUAUUUGAUGGGAGAGUCGCUGUGAUAACACUUGUAAAAAAAUUUAAAGUUUGUCCACAGCUCCAUAGGGAUUGCUGAAGGAGGCGGGAUUUAUGACCAAUACUGCAGCCCGUUACCGGAGGGUGCUGUUCUUGGAGUGGCUUGACUUAACGCCAAGCAGACGGCGUCCAUUAUACAUACAGGCUAUGUGUGCAAGCUUUAACGUUGUUUUUGGAUUUGCAAUAAGUUUAUAAUAAGGGCCCGACCGAUUUAUUGGUGAGCUGAUUAAAUCAGCCAAUUUUAGCCCAUUUGAGACUAAUCGGUAAUCGGCCAAAACUCGCCGAUUUAACGUGAGUUAAGAUGUGGAGGCACCGAUCGGCGACAGCAUAGUUGAAAACGCUUUUCUUGUCCAAGUUUGAUCAGUUGGUCUUCCUGUCGGCGUGAAGAGCAGUAGCCUACAGUAUAUCUACAGUGUACAGUAUACUGUGCUACAUAAUUGCUUAAAUAGCCGCUAAAGCUAGCUCACUAGCAGCUGCUUCUUCUUCUUCGUCUAUCCUCUAUUUUAACCACUCCAAUGAACAUACCAUACAUUCAUAUUUUACUGUGUUUGAAAGAGAGCUCUCAUUAAUACGAGUGUGAUUGCCGCCAAGAGAAAAAACACAUUCAAGGUCCCUGUCAAAUAAACGUAAUAAUAUGAAGUAAACAACACUAAACCUGUGUGUGUACUCCCUUUAUGUCUGCACAUCUGAUACAUGCCCUCAUUAACUUUUAUUACCAGCACAAAACAUUAUUGUAUUAUACCAAACAGCCAACUCAAACAGGAUAUUGUAAGGUUGUGAGUGCGAAUUAAAAAAUCUCAGGGUACUAAAAACAGCAUGUUUACACACAAAUAUGAACAUUAAAUCAGAAACAGAACCAGCCAGGUUGCCUACGAGCUCCAUAAUGAUACAGAUACAGAAAAAAGGCAAAAAUAGCGUUAACCCAGUGUUUUUGGAUGCCCACCAAAGCAUAAAAAUCCUGUUUUCAGGGGAGCUCAUGUCUCAUUAAAGCACCCAGCUCUCCUAUGUUUGCACCCUGCGGCUACCUGGUAAACAGUUUUUGGUGUCUGAGCGUGUUCUCUCAAAUGAAAGGCAGGACUACACAUGUUUUCUUUGUGCUGCUCGGAAAAUGGACAUUUGUAUGCAUGCUCACUGCUAGUGCCCUAAAAUAACAUCCUCCGCACACAUCAAACACGAGAAACCUCCAAAACACUCACAAACACACCUGUAGGAAAAGCCAGCUGGUCAAGAAUCAAAGACAUUUUACUCCAAAGCUUCAACAGGAGAAAACUCUGACAAUUGAUUAAAACCUGCGCUGUGCUCCUCGUCCUCCACCUCCAAUAUCUGCUCCUCCUGAACAAAGCCCACUCUGAUAUUUGCAGCCACAUUUUAUUGGUUUUGCGGCUCUACAGGCUCUACAGCUGAUUCCAGAGAGGCUACGUGAGACAAUCAAAGCUUCACUUAUCUGCAGCUCCAAACAGGAGCCCAGGUUUGGUGUUUUUUUUUUUUAUUGCUUCAUAUCACAAGGUGACCCUCGUCAGAUACCGGGGGCAGAUUGUGCCUGUGAGGGAGUCUGAGGGUGUAAACAGGCUGAAGGAGCACAACGGGAGAAAAACUGGGAGAUUAUUUCAAUUAAUGGAGCUCUUUAUUUUAUUAAGACUCGGGUAGGAGAGAGCGGGGCGAUCGGGGGUCUUUAAUUACAAAUAAGUGCUGAGAUCUAAGCUGUCACCGGAGAAGACACGACGGCUGUAGCCAAGACCAGACCAGAAAUAUCUCAACUUAAAAUCCAGAACCAGAUCUUACCACCAGAUUUAAGUCUAUCAACCUCGUCCAUUAUGAAACAUGUUUUUUUUUUUUUUAUGUACUUCUGUUUUGACAGAAAACUCCAAACACUGAUGAACCUCAGCCGCUGUUGCCAUGGCGAUGUAAACAGAAAGAUGCUCAAAUGAGUGAGAAUCCCCGGGCACGCCAUGGCAGGUUGACACCCUGGGAGCGCUACAGGCUCUGACAAGAUGCUUUAAACGCAGCAGGAGCGCGUCCUCCUCUCUGUUAGUGUCGUAAAGAUGCACAUGUAAGUGUCUGUUUACUUCAGGGGUGGAAAAUAUCCCACCCAAGAUAAGGUACGUUUUAUUUAGCGAGGAGGAGGAGUGAGAUACGCCGCCAAAAUCACAUAAAAGCUUAUUUUCCCAAACAGUUUGUCGUAAUAAAACUGAGCAUGCUGGGCUCUGCACAUCACAGGGGUUAGUCAUUCAAUAUCUUCCUUCUGCAGGAUUUAGAGAUGAUCUCUGCACAUGCAUGUCAUGUCUGGCUUUGCACAGAGACGUGUUUUUGUGAGGCGAAAACAAACAUCUUACUGUGGCAUGUGACACUGUUGAGGUCAAAGGAUCAUAAAUCCUUUAUUAUGUACUUAUUUACAGCUAACAAAGCUCCUUUAAGCUACUGGACCUAAAGUGGGAGUAUCUUAAUUCAUUAAUCUAUGAGCAACCCUUUAUGCAGUCUAAUUAAUGUUAAAGGGUUAGUCAUAUUAAUUUAGGGUCGAACACACCGUAACACCAAGUUAGACACCCUGUCGAGAGAUGAGUGUUGCCGACCGCUUGCUUCUCGAGUUAUACCAACUUUAGCUGCUGGAAGAGAGUAGGUGAGUUGUGUUUAGUCUCUUUGCUAAAGAAAUGAGUCAAAGUUAAAAAGAUGUUUGGUGUCUAGUACUACGGCUGUGACCCUAUAUGUCCUGUUGAUGAAGUCAGGUGCUGUUCUGAGCAUUAUUUGUGGCUAUAGAGUGGCGUUUUGGUUGAGUGCGUGGCUCUCUGUAUUGCUAUCCUGCGGUCGUUACUAAAGUUGGUAUAACUAGAGAAGCAAGCGGUCGGCAACAUUCAUCUCUGGAGGGGGUGUCUAACUCGGUGUUACGGAGUGCUUGACCCUAAAUUAAUUUUACGCCGGAAUAUCCCUUUAUUAAACACCCAAUCGAUGUUUAUAACAGGUAUAUAAACUGUUAACAAGUUUCAUUAGAUUUCCCCUCGGGGAUAAAUAAAGUUAUUUUUCUUUAUUAUACCUUUGAAGAGACUUACUCAUGUUUAUUAGCAUCUUAUAAGGUUAAGUACUCCAUAUGAAUUACUUAUUAAUUACUGCUUAUGGCUAGUAAGUUAAUAUAAAGUGUUACCUUGAAUGUGUGGCCUCUUUGGUGCAUAAAAAUAACCUUUUAAAAUUAGAGAGACAUGAUGGCUCAAGGAUUGGCUGGCAGCAGGGUUGCCAUGGCAGCAGAAAUAAACAAUAGCCUUGUAGGAGCAUGUUUUGGCACUUUUUGUCAAUGUUUGACACCACAUACACAAAGAUGCAAUUACCACUGAAAUAUUAUGUGGUUUUUUUUUUUAAGCUGCUGCCAAAAAAAACAGAAAAUACACUUUGUAAAUUUCUGCCAAAUCUCUGCGGUACUUACUUCAAACAACAAAUGUUUAGCCAAAGACAUCCAUGAUAGAUAGAUAGAUAGAUAGAUAGAUAGAUAGAUAGAUAGAUAGACAGAUAGACAGACAGACAGACAGACAGACAGACAGACAGACAGACAGACAGACAGAUUUUGUUUAGGAAAGUUGUCUUUUUUACAGACUAACUUGUUUACAUGCUUUUUUAAACUAUUGCAAUAUAAGGAUUUUUAUUAAGUGCAUGUAAACGUAAACGUACUCAGUUUCGAACCAUCAUCUUGUAGGAUGUGACCCACUUUAGACUGCAUAUAGAGGCAGUGCAGCAGCAGAGCUUGAGUCCAUCUCUUGCCUCCACCAGAAGCCACAGGUGGAUGUUCGAUGAUUUCUAAUGGGUCCUCCUACUUGACCCAAGUGUUCACCUCUACUUGAGAUAUCAUAUGCAUGCAUUUUUUAAAAUUUCUGCUCAUCCUUUCAGAGCGCAGUUCACUCUCCACAUAAGAGCCGAUCCGAGAUCUCCUCUCAUCUGGCCUCUUAUUCGGAAACCCUCUUUCUUCCUCUUCAACAACAUCUCCGUCCUCUCCUCCUCUAUCUCUGAAAAUAACAAGCUAAGACCGAUAAGGCCGAAGUUUUUCUUCAAAGCUUUCUUCUUAAGAGCUGCACUGCGCUUUUUCAGGAGAUCAUACUCACUCAACCCAAAUAACACGGUGCAAGAACAGAAGUUCAAGCAGGGACUAGGAAUGAAGAUGCGCUAUUAUGUCUAUUACAAUGUCAAUGUACCAUCAAACUAA